AUGAAGUUCUCCACCAUCUUCGCCCUCACGACUGCUCUCCUCGCCUCGACUGUUUCCGCGCGUAUUGCCAGAAGGCAGUCCGGUGGUUGCGACUGUGCUGGCACCGAGUACUCUAGCUCGGACAUUCUGAAUGCCAUCAACGAGGCUCUGGACGGCGGCGCCAGCGAUUAUCCACAUGAGUACCAUGAUUAUGAGGGCUUCUCAUUCCCCUCAUGUUCAGGCACGUUCUAUGAGUAUCCUAUUGAGCAGGAUGACGUCUACACGGGCGGUAGCCCCGGCGCCGACCGCGUCAUCUACGACGAAGACGGCGACUUCUGUGCGUGCUUGACCCACACCGGCGCGAGUGGCGACGACUUCCUCGAAUGUGAUUUUUGAAUGACAUGCUUUGACCUCUUUGGAAAGCGACAUCUAGUUGCAUGCCUGGUCUGUAAUUGCUUUCGGCAGUACUAUCCUGAUUGUAAACUGUAGCGCAGCCACCUGAUGAACAUAGUAUAACCAGGCAGAUACCAC